AUGAAAGAGAAGAUUACUGGGAGAGAUGCAGCCAAGGGAGUCACCAGGGUGUCCAAGCAACGGCCACCUGUUCUGGAGGAGGUCGAGAAGUUGCUCCUGCUCUGGAUUGAACAGAAGCAGCGUGCAGGGGACUCAGUGACCAAGGCGAUCAUCUGCGAAAAAGCCAAGGCCUUGCACGCUGACCUCCUCAAACAACAGCCUGUUGCGGUCACCGUCGCGACACAGCCAGGAACGUCAGCAGAUGCAGAAGGCUUUAAGGCCAGCAGGGGGUGGUUCGAAAGGUUCAAGACCAGAUCUGGCAUCCACAGUGUGGUCAGGCAUGGAGAGGCUGCAAGUUCUGAUGUUGCUGCAGCUGAGGAAUAUGCUACGGAGUUCCUGGAGGUCAUAGUUUCAGAGGGCUACCUUCCUCAGCAGGUCUUCAAAUGCGACGAGACUGGACUCUUCUGGAAGAGGAUGCCAAAGUGUACCUUUAUCACAGAAGAGGAGACCUCAUUGCCUGGCCACAAGCCGAUGAAGGACCGUCUUACCCUCCUGUUCUGCGCCAACGCCAGUGGGGACCUUAAGAUCAAGCCCCUGCUUGUCUACCAUUCAGAGAACCCACGGGCCUUCAAGAAACACAAGGUGAACAAGGAGCAGUUGAGCGUUUUGUGGCAGUCUAACCCAAAGGCUUGGGUCACACGCCUCUUGUUUGUGAAGUGGGUCAAUGCGUUUUUUGGUCCUGCUGUGAAGAAGUACCUUGUGGACUAUAACCUGCCACUCAAGGCCAUGCUGCUCAUGGACAAUGCUCCUGCCCAUCCUCCAGGCCUCGAGGAAGACUUGCUGGAGGACUUUAAUUUCAUCAAGGUCAUGUUCCUUCCGCCUAACACCACCCCACUACUCCAGCCAAUGGACCAGCAGGUCAUCUCCAAUUUUAAAAAACUCUACACAAGGGAGUUUUUCCGGCGAUGCUUUGAGAUGACAGAUCGCUCAAGCCUCACCCUCCAUGAAUUUUGGAGAGAGCAUUUUGACAUUGUGAGCUGUCUGCAGAUUAUCACCAUUGCCUGGGCCGGGGUCAGCCAGACAAAAGUAAAUUCUGCUUGGCGCAACCUGUGGCCAGACUGUGUUGUAAAACCUGCCUCCAGUGCUUCUGCACCUGCACCAGAGUCAACAGUGUUGGAGGAAAUUGUUUCCUUGGGGAGGACCAUGGGCCUGGAGGUGACUGAGGAGGAUGUCUACGAGUUGGUGGAGGAACACGACCGUGACCUAACCACCGAGGAGCUGGUAGAAUUGCAGAAGGAGAGGCAUGCCAAAUGUGGGUAA